AUGCCCAAACGUCGCGCAGCGCAAAACGACGACUCAGACGACGGAGGUCCUUCCUCUUCCGCGAAACGCGCCAGGACGGAGGAGGGUAGUGAUGACGGGGUUGAAAUUGACGACGUGCCACCCACCCAAACUCAGACGCGUGUUCGGAAGGGGAAACAACGCAUCGAGGACCUUACCCUUGACGGAGAAGAUGAAGAGAUCGAUGACGAAGAACAAGAACAAGAACUUCAGAGGGUCCGACAGGGUCGUCGGUCGACUGGGGGCAACGACACCCAAGGCGGCGGGGCGGGGGGAGAGGAAGAUGAAGAGGAAGAAGAUGAACAGUUCGAAGCGCAGAAUGGGGAUAAGAUUAGGGCAAAGUUGGAGUCGAAGCGGCAUGUUCAGGGUGGAGUCGCGGAGUACGGUAUAAUCGAAUACAUCGAAAUGCACCAGUUCAUGUGCCACAAGUACCUCACCUUUCAUUUCGGUCCCCAGAUCAACUUUAUCAUCGGGCAUAACGGGAGUGGCAAAAGCGCAGCCUUAUCCGCACUCACCGUCGCUCUAGGCGGCAAAGCCAACUCUACCGGCCGAGGAAACGGGAUCAAGUCUUUCAUCCGCGAAGGCCAAAGCGUCUCAGAAGUAACAGUCCACCUAAAAAACCAAGGCGAAGAAGCUUUCAAACCCUCCGAAUACGGCAAGACCAUCGUCAUCACUCGUAGAUUCACGAAAGAGGGCGGGUCGUCUUGGAAGAUUAAGAGUAAGGAUGGAAAGGUGAUUAGUACGAAGAAGGAAGAGCUUGCUGCGAUUUGCGAUCAUAUGAAUAUUCAGGUGGAUAAUCCGAUGAAUGUGUUGACGCAGGAUUCUGCGAGACAGUUCUUGAGCGCUAGUCAUCCUCAGGAUAAAUACAAGUUCUUCCUCCGAGGCACCCAACUCUCCCAGCUCUCAGACGAAUACGACACAUGCCUCGAAAACAUCACACAAACCGCCAAAGUCCUCGCGCAAAAAAAGGAAGCAUUACCUGAUCUUCGUACGCGCUUCGCAGAGGCUUCAGCGCGGUAUCAGGAAGCUGCUAAAGCCAGGGAACAAAAACAGAAGUUGGAUGAUUUGAAGAAAGAGUUGGCGUGGUCGCAUGUUAAGAAGAAGGAGGAGGAGAUGACGAGUAAGAUUGGGGAGGUUGCGAAGGCUGGUAGGAGGUUGCCGAGGAUUGAGGAGAGUAUUAAGGAUGCGCAGAAAGCGUUGGAUGUUGCUGAGGAGCAGGUUACGGCUUACGAGGCUGAGUUUCAUGCGCUUGGGACUAUGGAUCAUCUUACGGAUGAGAGGACGAGGUUGCAGAAUGAGAUGAGGGGGAAUAGAGUCAAGUUGGGGGAGUAUACUGCCGACCUGAAGACAAUGGACGCAAGCAUCAAAGCGACCAACCGCCAAAUCACCGAACUGGAAGAAAAGAUCGCGGAAGAAGCACGUAAAAUGGCGGUACACACUCAAGCAAGACACGAACAAGUCCAACUUCGACUUGAAGAACUCCGAGCGGAAGUUAGCGCCGCCGAAGAAAAGCAUCGUCAACUUAUGCUUCAAAAAAAGGAGCUAGCAGUCGAAGCAGACACCGCCAAAUCCGCCGGGGUCCAAUUGGAACCUCGGCUUACUGAACUCCGCCAAAAAAUCACAGAGUGCGAUAAUAUGGUUUCGCAAGCACGGAAAAACGAUGCCGAUGCGCUUAUGCCGUAUGGGAAGAAUAUUAAGGAAGUUGUGAGGAGGAUAGCGGGGAUGAAGUGGUUUGGGGACGUACCGAUUGGGCCGUUGGGUGUUCAUGUGAAGGCGCGGGAUCCGGAGAAGUGGGGUGAGAUAUUGAGGGUCCAGUUGGGCGGGUAUUUGACUGCGUUUGCUGUUACGGAUGCGAGGGAUCGGGAGGGGGUUAAGAGGGUUUUGGGGGAGUUUGGGAAUACCGGGACGUUGAUCAUCAUCUUUGAGAAGGAUUUGUUUGAUUAUAAGAGUGGGGAACCGCCUGAGAAUUAUUUGACUGUUCUUAGGGCGCUUGAGAUCUCAGAUCCCUACGUCCUCCGAAUCAUGAUCAAUCAAGCGCACAUCGAACAGCAGAUACUUGCCAAUACUCGCAAGGAGGCACAGCAGGCUUUGAUGAGUCUAGGGAGGGGCGGUACGGCUUGGUCUGCUGAUGGGUUUAGUGUUCGUGUGUUCAGGUGUAUUGAUCAUGGAGAAAACAGGGAAGGAGGGGUGGCUAGUUCGCCGUUGAAUAUGAGAGGAUUGCAGGGCGCCAUGAAUCUCUUGUUGACUGGACGGGACACUGCUUCUGAGAUUCGACAUUACAAUAACCAGAAAGAACAACACCAGCGAGAGCUCGCUGGUAUUCAGCAAGAUUAUGAUCGUUUCAAGCAGGUGUACUCAGAGAAGAGGAAGGCAAUUGACAGGGUUGGGGGGGAGGAACAGCGCGCGAAUGGGGAAGUCCGCACUGCCAAGUCAAAGUUGCAUAGCCUCCAGCAGGAGGCCAAUGAUGACUUACCAGCUGGUAUGGCGGGCUAUGAAGCUGCCAAGGAGGAAGCGGAAGAAGAGAAGAACAAUAUCAAAGCCCAGUUUACGGACGUCAUGGCCCGAAAGAACGAAGUGGACGAGGUGCAGAAGGAGCUGCAGACUACGUUGAAUGAGGUCAAAGAGAAGAUUGCGAGUUUCCAGCAGAAGAGGAACGAUGCUCAGAUGAGAACGGAGAACGCGGGCGAGGUGCGGUUGAAGGCCCAGAAUAACAAGAUCCAUUACGAGACAAAGUUGGCAGACGAAAAGAAAAAAGUUGCAGCUAUUGAGGAGGUCGCCGCUGUUCUUCAGGAAGAGUUCCAGAAUUGGACUGCGAAAGCGGCAGAGUAUUGUGAACGUGUGGAGAAUCCUCGUCCGCAGGCGGAAGUUCAGAGGCUUUAUGAGUCUGUUCAGGCUGCUUUGAAGGAGCGUGAGCGGAGACACGGUGCCUCGGUUGAAGAGAUGGCUAAAGAAGUCAACAAGACGAGGGAACAACUCGAAAUUGCGGACAAGGCGCUCAAGCACAUGGCACAGCUCAACAAGGCACUCAAAGCUUCUCUGAUCACCCGGCUGGUCAAGUGGCAAGAGUUCCGGAGGCACAUCGCGUUGAGGUGUAAACUUGUGUUUGCGUUCCAUCUUUCGCAGAGAGGGUAUUAUGGAAAGGUGUUGUUUAACCAUGAUGCCCAAACUUUGAUGUUGCGGGUACAAACGGAUGACCAGACGUUGACGCAGGGAUCGAAGGAUAAGGAUCCGCGCUCGUUGAGUGGUGGCGAAAAGUCGUUUUCGACGAUUUGCUUGUUGCUGUCGCUCUGGGAGUCAAUUGGAUGUCCUUUGCGGUGUUUGGAUGAGUUUGACGUUUUCAUGGAUGCUGUGAAUCGUCGUAUUAGUAUGAAGAUGAUGAUUGAUACUGCGAACUCUUCCGACAAGAAGCAGUACAUCCUCAUCACGCCUCAAGACAUGACCAACAUCCACCUUGGACCUACUGUGCGAGUGUUGAGGAUGUCUGAUCCGGAGCGGGGGAACGGGAUGUUGCCGUUUGGCUCGGCUGCAGCUUGAUUCUGUUGAAUGUGUUCUUGAAUUGGUUGCUCGCGUGCUACUAUGGUGACCACGUAAUGCAAACUUUUGAACUCUAUACUCCUAUUGUCCAUUAGUAUUCAUUAUGACUAUACUCACCUUUAUGCUCGUGCUUUGAAGAAAUGUAAGAGCUUAUUGCAAGGUUUUUGUAGUA